AUGAAUUGCUUUGGAAGUUAUUUCUCUAAGUGUCCUGAGGAUGUUUCCUUACUCAACAUACAGUCACCUCUGUUGAUUCCACUUAUGUCAGCUGAAGAUGAACAUUUUAUUUCCAAUUCAAGGAGCCAGGCCCCAGCCCAUGUGGUGGUGAAGCAGCCUGUCCGGGGAGCCAGGGGCAGGACUACAAUUACAGCGAUUGUCCAGACUGGUGGUGACUGGAGCACCGGCCUCUUCAGUGUCUGCAGAGAUAGGAGGAUUUGUUUCUGUGGUCUGUUUUGUCCUGUGUGUCUUGAGUGUGACAUCGCCAGACAUUAUGGAGAGUGUCUUUGUUGGCCGUUGUUACCUGGGUCUACAUUUGCACUAAGAAUUGGCACCAGAGAGAGACAUAAGAUACAGGGCACACUGUGCGAGGACUGGCUGGCCGUGCACUGCUGUUGGCCUUUUUCCAUCUGUCAGGUGGCCCGGGAACUCAAGAUGAGGACCUCCCAUCUCUACGAAAUCUGUGCAACCCCUUCAGCUAAGGAUGCCCUAGUUUGA